AUGACUGGUCUAGUUGGCGAAAACUUCAGGCGCGAUGGCGGUGUCAUUCCCGCUACUAUCACCAAGAAUCUCAACAAAAGCUCCGGUCGCCAACGGGCGAGGGAGAAAAUGGCAGAUAAGGAAUUCUUCCUCAGUCUUCUAAGCUCUGCGGCCACAAAACGAGAUGCCAAAGCCUAUUUGUCUAGAUUCCCAUCCGUCAAGAAACCGAAACCUCCGAUUCCGCGGCAGAACCAGGGUGCAGUCGAAACACAAUCUGGGAAAGAAAACGAAAAGCCAGGAGUAAACCUGGGGUCGUUUUAUGGAGCUACAAGAUCGGUUCUGGAAACACCAGUUUUUCGACAGGGACCUGCUCCUGAAACUGAGACCGCGCACGCCAUAGGUCUUGACGAGGCUCUGCAUGUUGCAUUGGUCAAGUUGGCUAAUGCGCAAUCGUUGGACGACGAGACUAUACAGGGAGUCGCUUUAACAUUGGCACAAUUGACCCGACUGGGUAUGGCGUCAUGCGUUGUUGUAGACCCUGGCCCUAUGCAAGAUGAAACGACGUGGAGAAAAGCAGCCGCUGAGCAAGCCGACCGACUCUCGGCGGCAAUUGAUGCUUGCGAUGGUGGCAAGGCUCGUCGACUUGACUCUGUGCUGGUCAAAAACAAAGACAGAGACCUUCCAAAGAUCAUAUCUCGGCAAGUGCUAUUGCGUCCGUUGCGAAAUAAUCAUAUUGUUGUUGUUACGCCGGUAGCAUAUUCGGAAGAGACAUGCAAAGCAUCGUCAGUACCAAGCAGUGAUGCCAUGCUUGCGCUGACCCGUGAAUUGGCCGGGCUAGAAAGGAAACAUGAUCCGGAUGAAGAUCCGCGGGUUACGGCGGAGAUUUUUGCUGCUCUUCAGAAAGAGGUUGCUGUAGAUCGCUUGAUUGUGCUUGAUUCCGUGGGAGGCAUACCAGCGUUCAAGGGCCCUCAACAAUCACAUGUAUUUGUGAAUAUGGAGCAGGAGUUUAAGGACAUUGAAGCGGAACUCCAUGAAGCAAUGGCUUCAAUUGAGAGGUUUGUCGAUCCGAGCGCUGAGUCGGAUAUAACUGAAGCAGCUACGAAAAGUAACCCAAUUUCGAAAUUUGUUGCAACCGAAGUUACUCCGCUGUCUACUGGGCAGCAAAAACCACUGAUAGAAGCGAAUGGGGGAUUGAUGACCAGCACGCUCAAGGGGCACAUAGAAAAUCUACGACUGCUUCAGCAAACUCUCACACUACUUCCCCCAUCAUCGUCUGCAAUCAUCACUACACCAAGAGACGUGGCGAACUCAGCGCGCCCUCAUCAAGAUGUCCUUUCGGUAUCUCAAGUUGGGACUCGACGCCAAAAGAAUCCACUCAUCCACAAUCUUCUUACUGACAAACCCGUUUAUUCAUCUUCGCUCCCAUCUGAACGUCGCGGCCAGACUGCACCAUCUAUCGCGCCAUCAACCUUCUUAAAGCGUGGAAUGCCAUUAACCAUUCUUCCCGAUCCACGCAUCACUCCCUGGUCACCAAAUAGUCCAGACGGACACCACCUCACCCUCGACGACCCUCGGAUUGACCUACCCCGCUUAGUCCACCUAAUAGAAGACUCCUUCAACCGCAAACUCGAUGUCCAAGACUACCUCAGCCGCGUUAACGGCCGUCUCGCCGGACUCAUAAUCGCCGGCGAAUACGAAGGCGGUGCAAUCCUCACCUGGGAAACACCCCCGGAUAUCCCCGAACAAGACCGCCACAAACCCGAAAAUAUAUCCCGUCUCGUGCCCUAUCUCGAUAAAUUCGCCGUUCUCAAGCGCAGUCAGGGGGCAGGCGGCGUUGCUGAUAUUGUGUUUAAUGCCAUGGUUCGCACAUGUCUGCCUGGAGGUGUAUGUUGGCGAAGCCGAAUGGAUAAUCCGGUUAAUAAAUGGUACUUUGAGCGGUCAAGGGGGACGUGGAAGUUGAAUGGGAGUAAUUGGGCGAUGUUUUGGACUACACCUAGAGUUCCGGAGGAGGAUCCGUUGAAGUUCAGGGAUUAUGAGGCUGUUUGUAGAAGUAUUCAGCCUAGUUGGGCUGAUAAGAAGGCCGUUGUUGAUUAA